CAAACCAUCGGGUUUGACAGUUUUACCAGCUCUAGUUUUUGUGUGUGAAAAUUCUGGCGAAAAAGAUUCUGUUGAAAGUUUUUGCGACAACAAUUCAUCGCAACCCUUUUAAACCGCUACUGUGCCUCACCAGCGAUUUGGCCAGUUGCGUUAGCCAACUACGUAAACCGAACGCCGUUCGCGAGUUAAAAAGGCCGCACAAAACAAAUUGUCGCGUCGCAUUACGUUUCAGUGUUGCCAACUUUUCCGGAGGACCGGGAACAUUUCCAAGCCGAACAGACGCAUUGCGGCCGAAAUGUGCACACCGUUGGACUGAUUCGCAUGCCCGAUUGAUUGGGUUUACUCCAGAUAGUCCGAUCUGUAGUCUCCAGUCUGCAGUUUGGCCGGAAAAGCGCCGGCGAAAGGACGGAUUUAAGCCGGAAAGCGGCCGAGCUGGCAACACUGCCAGAGAACAAAAUGAAGUGAGUUUCGGAAAAAAAAGGCGAAGCAAUAGGAAAAGCUAGAGGAAAAGCCAGCCGGUAAACUGUGCAAAUGCGUGUGACCAGAGGAGACCUUUGUUUCCCGUUCCAUGACGUUUUCUUGAUUUAUCCGCUGCUCUGAGUGGUCAUCAUUAUCAGUCAUCAUCAUCAUUAUUAUCAUCAUCAACGGAGGUCGUCGUCAUUUAGCCACCCGCCACCCAAAACCACCCACCAGCGAAACGGCCUUGAGGGUAAUCGUCCGCCAGCAUCUCGUCAUCUGAGUCCUGAUUUUCGCCGCCUUGAUCUGGGUAUCCCAUCACACAGUUCAGAUCCUUGCUAUCCAUAGUUAUGUCAUCGACCGCCGGCAAGCGCAAGGAGAUCUACAAAUAUCUCGCACCAUGGCCCCUGUACUCCAUGAACUGGAGUGUCCGGCCGGACAAGAGAUUCCGGCUAGCACUGGGCAGCUUCAUCGAGGAGUACAACAACAAGGUGCAGAUCAUCAGCCUGGACGAGGACACCAGCGAAUUUAGUGCCAAGAGCACCUUUGAUCAUCCAUAUCCCACAACCAAGAUCAUGUGGAUUCCUGACUCCAAGGGCGUCUAUCCGGAUUUGUUGGCUACCAGCGGUGACUAUCUGCGAGUGUGGCGUGCCGGAGAACCGGACACGAGGCUCGAGUGCGUGCUCAAUAACAACAAGAACAGCGACUUCUGCGCCCCGCUCACCUCGUUCGAUUGGAAUGAGGUGGAUCCCAAUCUGGUGGGCACCUCCUCGAUAGACACCACUUGCACCAUCUGGGGACUGGAAACCGGACAGCCGCACGCCCGGGUCUAUGUGGCGGGACACGUGAAGACGCAGCUGAUUGCCCACGACAAGGAGGUCUACGACAUUGCCUUCUCGCGGGCAGGCGGCGGUCGGGACAUGUUUGCCUCGGUGGGAGCGGACGGAUCGGUGCGCAUGUUUGAUCUACGGCAUCUGGAGCACUCGACCAUUAUCUACGAGGAUCCUGCCCACACGGCGCUGCUGCGCUUGGCCUGGAACAAACAGGAUCCGAACUAUUUAGCCACAGUUGCCAUGGACUCGUGCGAAGUUAUAAUUUUAGAUGUUCGUGUUCCUUGUACACCCGUUGCAAGACUGAGCAAUCACAGAGCGUGCGUCAACGGUAUUGCGUGGGCGCCGCAUAGUUCCUGUCACAUCUGCACUGCCGGUGAUGAUCACCAAGCACUGAUCUGGGAUAUACAACAAAUGCCACGAGCAAUCGAGGAUCCAAUUUUAGCCUAUACAGCUGCCGAGGGCGAAGUCAAUCAGAUCCAGUGGGGCGCCACCCAGCCCGACUGGAUAGCUAUUUGCUACAACAAAGCGUGCGAGAUCCUGCGGGUCUAAGAGUCCAUUUUUUGGUCUGGUUCCUGGCCGUAGCACCUGGCUGCAAUUGCUGAACAACGCACAGUCAACAGAAAAAACACACACCACCCACAAAAACACACUCACACUUGCUGUUGGUAAUUUGGAGGCGGAAAGGAGUGAGCUUAUGUUGGAUCGGUUCUGCAUCACGCUUCCGCAGUCUCUUAAAUUUUUUGUCUGUCGAGAGAGAGAGAGAGGAGAAAGGCGAAAGUAAAAUCGAAGGAGAGAGGGAGAGGGAGGUAUAUAAGGGAAAAAGAAGGAGAUGGAGCAUGUAUUUUAGAAUUCUUAGCUUAGUUGAUUAUUCAAGUAUAUAAGUCAAGUCUAUAAGGUAUAACCAAAAUAUGUAUUUCUAAUUGUAGUUUAUUUCACACUUGACAAGACCGCCACCCCAAACCCCAAUCGAUUUGAGGCGCUUUAUUUAAUUUAAAUCUCGAUUAUACAAACCCCAAUGGAAUGGAGAAAAAUAAGAAAGAAAACAAAACACACAUUAUAAAAACAA